AUGGCUGGGCAGAAACGUAGCCACGAGGAGUUUACUGAGGGCGACCCCAAUGUCGCCGAAUCCCAUGAGCAGGCAGAGCGCCAUCGCGACGCGUCCGCCGAUGGCACCAACAUCGCAAACGACGGAUGGGAAACCUACGAGAGCAAGGGUACCAAGAAGCUCAAGAAAAUUCCGGGCCAGCAAUCGAAGAACUAUCCUUCAAUCACGCAUUCUCCGAAUGCCCGCCUGAUGUCAACAGUCAAGAUCAGCGACCUACAGAAUCUCAUACUCUACAUUCUAAGCGACGCGACCUCGCCCCGCUGGGUGGCAGUCAACAAUCAUGGGCAGAUCAGGAGAGUCGUCACAGUCAUGGUGCCUGGUCUCGAGGCUGGCAUGUUCAAUGGACAAAUAUUUCUCGACGAGGCUGCCGACGUGCAGCAAGAUCUUGUAGCACACAACAGCGAAAACAAGGAGAAAUCAAUCGUCUCUCCCGACGACUAUUACCCCACUAAGCUUGUGUCAGAGAAGUUGCCUGAGUCCUUGAAGCCUUUUGCAGAAAUGUUCCCGCACAUCUGGCCCAUCAAGAGCCCUGGCGACGACAAGUAUAUGAGGCUUCACUCGCCUCUGCAAGCAAUAUUGACUGCGCCCAUACCAAAGCAGAAGGACGACAAGAAGAAAGGCCCUCAAUCUGCCAAUAACCGCAACUGGAAGAACAAGCGUACGCCCAUUACCAACUACAUCGCCACGCUUGAGCAAAUGCUCGAAGACGGCGAUGACUGGACAAUACACCCCGCCAUGUAUUCCACGCCGGCAGAAAAGGCCGAGCAUUCUCACCAAAGGCUGCUGAAGGAGAAGGACGCCGCGCACGGCUGGGUCGACACGCCUGUCGCGUCGCUGGAAGACGGCGAUGUGCCCAACGACCAGAUUCAGAGUGGCAGUAUGACCGCCGGCCGGAAGGUACUUGCAAUGGACUGUGAAAUGUGCAAGACAGGAGAGCAAGACUUCGAACUCACACGGAUCAGCGUUGUCGACUGGGAUGGAAACGUCGUUAUGGACGAACUAGUCAAGCCAGAACGCCCCAUUACAGAUUACCUGACCCCUUAUUCUGGAAUAACUGAGGACAUGCUCAAAGACGUCACGACUACCCUCGCCGAUAUUCAGAGGCGCUUGCUAGAGAUCAUUACGCCCCAAACAAUCCUGGUCGGCCACUCACUCAACUCGGACCUCAACGCCUUGAAGAUGACGCACCCCUUCAUUGCCGACACCUCGUUCCUCUAUCCCCAUCCACGCGGCCCGCCGCUGAAGUGUUCUCUCAAAUGGUUAGCACAGAAGUACUUGUCAAAAGAGAUCCAGAAAGGUCAUGGAAGCUCUGGUCACGAUUCGAUCGAAGACGCUCGUAGUACUCUCGAGCUCGUCAAGCAGAAAUGCGAAAAGGGUGAACUUUGGGGCACCAGCGAAGCCAACGGGGAAUCCAUUUUCAAGCGCCUUGGUCGAUCUCAGAAGCCGAAGAACCAGGCAAUGAGUGCCGCUGAGGAGUACCGGACGGGCGCUGUCGUCGACUGGGGCGAGCCUAAACGUGGCUUCGGAGCGGCCGCAGACAUGUGCUUUGGCUGUAAAGAUGAUGAUGAGGUCGUCGAAAACGUCCUCAAGGCGGUCAACGGCGUGCCGGAUGCGACGAGGCCGGUCUCCAGCAAGGGUGUGGACUUCGUCUGGGCGCGCAUGCGGGAACUAGAGGCCAUCCGCGGAUGGUGGACCAGGACGAAGACCAAGGACAAUGCGGAACUGCUUGCCAAUGCGCUGAGCAGCGGUAACGGUGACCCAAAGCCGGCUCCAGCAAAGACUGACAACGAAACCCCCGUUGCGGACGAAGGUGCUGUCAAGCGUGAGGCCGCCGGCACGGUCGACGACUCCAAGGACCAGGCCGCCGCAGCAAAUACUACUGUUACUGAAGAGAACCUCACGGCUGCGGACACUGCUCCAGUCGGGCCCAGCUCUGCCGAACUCGCUGCCGCUGUUCGUAAGACAACUCAGCAUCUCAAAGCGAUAUACGACGGCCUCCCUCCGUGCACGGCAUUCAUAAUCUAUAGUGGCAGUGGCGACCCGCGUGAGGUGACGCGCCUGCAGGAGAUGAAGAAGCAAUUCCACAAAGAGUACAAGGUCAAGAAUUGGAAUGAUAUUAGUGUGAAGUGGACGGACACGGAGGAUCAGGCCCUGCGUAUGGCUUGCAAGAGGGCGAGGGAGGGUGUUGGUUUUGUGGUUGUUAAGUAA